AUGGGAAUAGUCCUGUUGUUCCUCCUCUUUGGGGGCUCCUGGGCCCAGAACCUGACCUCAGAGUCUUCGGGAGCCACAACCACGUUGCUGAUGUCACUUUCUGUGGGAAGCGUCUCAGAUCGCCCUGAGGCCUCGAACUCAGUGACUUCUUAUCCUGUGGAGACUAACAGCACUGGGGACCAGAUCUCAACCCCACCUCCUCCAAUUUCUUUUAUGACCAAUGAGAAAGUGACCUCUCUCGGGACUCUGGCUGGUGCUGACACUGUCCCUUCUGCAUCUGAGCCAACAGCCUCCCAGGACCUUUCCAUCAAGGAUUCACCAGUGGUCCUGGAGACCUCGAAUGUGACCAGUGAACUUGUCCCUUUAACAAUGAGCUCUCUGGGACCCCACACUGGACCCCGUGAAACCGUAUCUAGCUCUCCAGAGACCUUCAGUAGAGCAAGAGGCCUCCUGGUUCCCCUAACAACUAGCUCUUUGGAGACCCUCAAUGGAGCCAGUGAGCUCCCUGCCACCCCACCAGCCAACUUCGCGGAGACCCUCAAUGGAACCAGUGAGCUCCCUGCCACCCCACCAGCCAGCUUCGCUGAGACCCUCAAUGGAACCAGUGAGCUCCCUGCCACCCCACCAGCCAGCUUCGCGGAGACCCUCAAUGGAACCAGUGAGCUCCCUGCCACCCCACCAGCCAGCUUCACGGAGACCCUCAACAGAACCAGUGAGCUCCCUGUCCCCCGGCUGACCGGCUCACCAAAGGCCUUCAGUGAUGACAGCAGACACCUUGUAACCACGACCUCUCACUCUCUGGAGACCUACAGCAUAAAAAUGCCCGCCAUUGUUACCUCAGAGACUUCCACAAAUGUGACCACGGGGCUUGCCCCACUUUCAGACCAGAGGACACAUAGCACCUUGCUGAUCACUGUGCUUGUGACCCUGCUGGUGGUGAUUGUCCUCAUGGUCCUGCUUCUGCUGUGGCGCUGGCGCCAGAAGCAGCGGACAGGCGUCCUGACGCUAAGCAGAGGUGGGAAGCACACCAGAGUGGUGGAUGCCUGGGCGGGGCCGGCCCAGGUGCGUGACGAGGAAGCAGUGACAGCAAUGGUGGGAGCAUCUGGGGGGGACAAGGGCUCUGAAGUCCCCGCUGGGGAGGGGGCCGGCCGGCAGCCCACACUUACCACUUUCUUUGGCAGAAAAAAGUCUUGCCAAAGCUCCUUGGCAAUGGAGGAGCUGGAGGAUUUGGUGCUGGUCUAUACCUUCUUCACUCAUGGAGGCCUGAGCAUCUUCAAGGGGGGACCAGGUGAGGGCCCAGUGGAGCACGUGGGCAAGAGGCAGUUGCUGUUUCUCCAGGGCAAGGAGGAAAUUUGUAAAGAGGAAGUUGUUGAGUCAGAGAGCGCAGUGGCUGAGCGGAGACAGAUUGACCCACAAACGGAGAGACAGAAGGGAACUCAUGAGAGUGGGCUGGCAUCGUGGUCUAGUCUGGUCUGGCCAGAGGUGGGCGAUAAGGCCAGGGCGAGCUCAAACCCGGCCCUCCUGCUGCCCCCUGGCACCCUGGCAGCUCUGGCAGCUGCCUGGCUCCAAGAGGACUGCCCAGGCCACAACCACUCAGCCUUGGUGACUGGAGCGGCCCCCUCCCAGGCUGCAUUAUGGGCCAAGUCUCCGGGGGUCCUGGCUGGGAAGCCUUUCUUCGAUGCCAUCUUCGCACAGCUUAACUGCCAGGUCUCCUGGUUCCUCCCCGAGGGGUCGAAGCUGGUGCCCGUGGCCAAGGUGGCCGAGGUCCGGGGCCCUGCCCACUGCCUGCUGCUGGGGGAACGAGUCGCCCUGAACAUGCUGGCUCGAUGCAGCGGGGUGGCCAGUGCUGCAGCCUCAGCUGUGGAGGUGGCCCGGGGCACCAGCUGGACGGGCCAGGUGGCGGGAACAAGAAAGACCACACCCGGCUUCCGGCUGGUGGAGAAGUACGGGAUGCUUGUGGGCGGGGCAGCCUCCCACCGCUACGAUCUGGGGGGGCUGGUGAUGGUGAAGGACAAUCACAUCGUGGCAGCUGGUGGUGUGGAGAAGGCCAUGCGAGGGGCCCGGCAGGCAGCCAGCUUCACCCUGAAGGUGGAGGUGGAGUGCAGCAGCCUGCAGGAGGCCGUGGACGCUGCUCAGGCUGGCGCAGAUCUCGUCAUGCUGGACAACUUCACGCCUGAGGAGCUACACUCCACGGCCACUGCCCUGAAGGCCCAGUUCCCAAGCAUAGGUGUGGAAGCCAGCGGAGGCAUCACACUGGGCAACCUCCCUCAGUUCUGUGGCCCCCACAUAGAUGUCAUCUCCCUGGGAAUGCUGACCCAGGCUGCCCCGGCCCUGGAUUUCUCCCUCAAGCUGUUUGCUGAAGGGACCAUCCCAGUGCCCCGUGCCUGCCGGUCCUAA